AUGUUUGACAACUUUACAGUGCCGUUUGGCUCGGCCAUUCCUUCGCCCUCGUCGACGUCAGAAAUCAAAUCAAACCAAAUUGCAACUUCACCCUUCCUUCGAAAUCCUAACUCCACCGUUGCUUCCAAGCAUUGGCACAACCGGUAUAUGAUCUGGCAGAACCGCGACGUAGUCCAAAGACGCGAAGCCGUCAAGAUGGAGGCUGAACAGAUUAAGUUAUUUGGUGGUGAGCCAGGCGACGACGUCGGACUCUGCUACAAAAUGCUGGAAGUCUUUGAAGGAAUGAAUUGGAUCAACAGCCUCGAUUAG